AUUUACACAUGUAUUUGAACUAGUAUAAUGUAACCUAAAGGAAAUUUGUGUUAGUUGUUCAUAACCUCAGAAAAAAUGCGUUAUUUACAGCUUUGUCAUUUCUAUUUUUAGAUUGUAAACCAAAGACGUUAUUAGGCCUACCUGAAAAUGGCAGACGGAACGGACGUCAUGGCUGACUUUAGCACGUUACCUGACGUAGUGUGGGUGCGGAUACUGCAGUAUUUGCUCCUCCGUGACCGGCAGGAAGUCGCGAGCACCUGCCACUUGCUGCACGACGCAUUUAAUCACCCGUCGCUAUGGAGAAGACAGGUUUUGACGUUCAUUGGUGACAAAGAUAACUCAAGCAGAAAAGGAAUUCCAGUGUAUCCUGCCAGGCACAAUAUGGAGCUAACGAAACAAUUUGGGCAGUAUUUUCAGGAUCUGACGAUUCGCGUUAUUAGUCAUUUUAGAACAAUGAAUUCUGACCUGAGGGAAUUAUUAGUCCAAGUAGCCGAGAAUUGUCGUCUGGAAUCGUUAACACUGGACAUAGGCAAGCAGACGUCACAAUUUCAUAAACGUUACGGGUUUCCUCCGGACCCAAACGCGAUUGCAACAUUGGAGACAUUUGUGAAAACCGCGUUCCGAAUGAAGCAUCUCGCUAUCAUGUCUUGGCCUAUGUUUAAGGAUAAAAACGAAAGUUUAUUCAUGGCUCUAAAAUCAAACGAAAAGCUAAGGGACAAUCUGGAAUCUAUGACGCUCUUUUGGUUAGAUGGCGCGGAAUGGUCAGAAAGAGAACCUCUACUUCUGUCCGCAGACGACACUGUCGAUCUGGUAAGACAUUUCCCGUAUCUCACGUGCCUUGGCCUCAGGUCACCGAUGGUCAAUAAUGGCCUCCUGGAAAUGCUCGCCGAAACUUCGCGCGCAAAACUGAGGACACUGAAACUUGUUAUCCACUAUCUGUGGCAGAAACGAAACUUUGCUGUUCCGCAGAUAGAACAAAAAUCAUGGACAGCUCUUUUAAACAGAAAUCCGGACUUCAGAGUAGAAGUGACCGUGUUUUUGGCAACCCCUACAAUGGAGUUAGCCAGCAUGCUUACACCGGAAGCGCCCGUUUCGUACUUCCGUUUUAUGAAGUACUCGAAGCUGGAGUCAUCAUCAUUGGUCAAGAUCUAUACCCAGUACAGCGGUACACUAACAACCUUUCAUAGUCUGUGCGACUCGUACGAAAUGGACUCUGAGCUGAUCCUAUUGUGUGAAAAAUGCGAGCUUCUGACCGAUCUGAUUUACCAUGGUGAAAUAUACGUGAACACCGUUAAAUGCAUUUCGAAGUCACGCGGUAGGAAAUGGAAACGAUUCGAACUGAAAGAUUCGAGCAUAAAAAUACACACCGAAUUUGAUAACAUAGACAACGAUUUGGUUCUGCAGCGAAACGAGCAAGGUGAGCUGAUCCAGUUACGUUUUCAGCGGUUUCUGGCUACAGACGACGAACAGCUGCGGACGAUGAGAGAGGAAGUGUCGUCUGCAAUUGGGGAACCAUGGAAACCAACUAUCACACCUUCCAACUAUCUGCCUGUUUAAUAAGGGAGUUGGCUUACGGAGCGGGAGGUCGAAAGUUAGAGCCCCACACAAGGCACGCUCUGACAUGACCUGGUUGCUUAGCCAACAGUACUCGAAUCGAGGGAUAGCGAAUGUUUGUCUGUCAAACAACCCGUAAAGAUGUUCAUCCGCAGAGCUGUCUCAUCAAUUAAACGAGGCUGGCCAUUUAUCGAGAGACUAUAAUGACCACUAACUAUACUGUCAGAAACAUGACUCAUUUCAAACUAACUCUGUGAUGUGUACAGAAACAUGACUCAUUUCAAACUUACUCUGUGAUGUAUACAGAAACAUGACUCAUUUCAAACUUACUCUGUGAUGUGUACAGAAACAUGACUCAUUUCAAACUUACUCUGUGAUGUGUACAGUCUGUCAGAAACAUGACUCAUUUCAAACUUACUCUGUGAUGUGUACAGUUUCAAAUAGACUAUUUAUUGGGAUUUAAAAUGUGCAUUAUAUGAAUCGGUGUAUACACAGGUUGAAUAUAUUUUGAUAAUCUAUGUUUUGGUACUCGUAGUUAAUACUUUUAUGUUGUUUUCUGUUGAUUUUAAACAAGUAUAAAAGAAAUGUAUUUCUUUCA